AUGAAUCAAGAUAAGGACACAAACCCAGAGCCAGAAAUCGGCAGUUCGAUGAUUGAGAUACUAGGUUUGGUACCCCAGCGAGACCAGACCUCGAAUAAGCCCACGGACCUUGAGCCUACGGACCUCGAGAGAGAUACAGAACCAAAGUCUGGUAGUUCGAUGGUUGAGCUACUUGGGUUGCUACCCCACCGACAGCAGACCUCAAGUAACCCCCCGGAUAUUGAUAAAGAGGCAAAUCCCUUUUUGGCUGAUUCCCUGCCAAACGACGAGGAGGUGAAUUCCGGUAGUCUUCCCGGGAGCACUUAUCGAGAGGAAUUUGGGAAGAUGCCAGCUGAUCCUGCUCAGAUGAGCAGGACAGAGGUGGAAGAAUGGUUGCUGAAGUACGAUGCCUCCCACCACGAGAAAACACAACUUCUCGCCAAGGAGAGCAGAGGCCUACCUUCGGUCGAGGUACCACCGGCUGGAGUGGUGGAUGGCUCUUUUGACAUAACGGAAUCCACGACCACUGACGAUCUUGACCUUGACCUUGACAGUGGCGGUGAACGUGACACUGAAAGCGAUAGUGGCGGUGACGGUGAUAUUGACAGCGAAGCUGACCAUAAGAGUGAGAGUCGCCGGCAUACUCACCGGCGCCGUUACCAUAAAGGUGACCGAAUAUUUGACAACAAGAAGCAGAGCGGGAAGGACAGCGAUGCGGACAGCGAUGCGGACAGCGAUGCGGACAGCGACGUGGGCGCGGGAAGAGACAUGGACGGGGAGAGUGAUCGGGAAAGCGACGAAAAAAGCGACGAGGACAGCGAUGAGGAGGAGGACGGAAAAAAGGACGGAGGCAAGAAAGAAAAUGAGGAUGAUGACAAGGACGAGAGCAAGGAACAAAAGCCGGAUGGCUCUAAUGCCAGCACUAGGUUCACUUUUCAAGGCCCUGAAGCAGUCCGAAAGUUGAACCAAAUAUUUGCGGUUGGGGAUACUGAGAAGGAACCCUCCCCGGACAAGGAUAGUGGUGAAAGUGAGAGUGAAGAUAUGACUCUCGAGAACAUGGAAGCUUGGAGAACUUUGGACCAUAUGGUUGGCCUUGAAGAUAUCAAGGAGCGAAUUCGUAUGCUACACCGUCGAGCAAUCGAUAAUCGUUCGCGCAAGAAGAACGGGUUGACUCCGCGCCCAAUACCCCAUACAGGCGUGUUCGUAGGGCCUUCAGGGACUGGAAAGACGACAGUUGCAAGGCUCUAUGCCCAAAUCUUACAUCGUUUAGGCUUUGUCAAGGAGGAUUCUGUACUUGAACUGAAUGCUUCACAAAUUGUGGGCUCAUCGGAUCCUAAUACAAAGUUAGCAGAUUCAGAGGGCAAGGUUUUGAUUAUAGAUGAUGCUCACGGGCUCUGGGGUGGAUCCAAAUCGGACACCGAUCGUUGGCAUCGAACUGCGAUCGACGCGAUUAUCGCCCGUGUUUCAUCCUCUGGGAGUGCCAAUGUAAUGGUGCUGCUUGUUGGAUAUGAGGAUGAGAUACAGAACAUGUUUGACCAAGUCAGCCCAGGCCUCUCCACCAGGUUCCCUCUGGAUUCCGCAUUCCGGUUCCCAGGCCUUUCAAUAUCUCAGUUGGAGCGGAUUUUGGAGAAACGGCUCGAAUCAGCUUCCAUUCGUGCAUCGUCCGAUGCAAAGUGUGCUGCCUUAGCGGUGCUAGCGCAUUCAAUGGCUUCUCCCAGAUUUGGAAAUGCGAGCGAGGUGGACACACUCCUACACAAAGCCUACUUUUCAAUGGAUAAACGAUGUUUCGAUCGCCCAGAUGCAGACACAACAGUUCUUGAGCCAGAAGACUUUUCUAAGGAUUGGAAACGUCACGUUGACGCUGAAGAGGAAUGCAAGAAGCUAUUUCACGAUGUUGUUGGUUGUGAAACUGUCAUUUCCGAGUUACUUGAUGAUACAAAGAUUGUAAGGAAAGCCAUCGCACGGGGGAUCGACCCCAAAGACUACAUUUCCUUCAAUUAUAUAUUUCGAGGUGAUCCAGGUAUGUCUUAUCAUUCCCUCAAGCCAGCCCAUUUUGACCGGACCCUAGGGACCGGCAAGACAUCCACAGCGCGAAAGAUGGGCCAGGUAUUUUACCAUAUGGGACUUCUUGCUAGCGACGAGGUAAUCGAGUGUUCGGUCAGCGAUAUUAUCGGCGAAUAUGUCGGACAUACGGGUCCUAAAAUCAUACGUCUACUAAAGAGGGCGAUUGGCAAGGUCCUACUUAUCGACGAAGCAUAUCGUCUCAACGACGGAUUGAAAUCCGACAACUCCUUCUCGCGGGAUGCAGUUGCAGAAAUUGUCGGUGCGCUCACCAGCCCCAUGUUUCAGCAAAAAAUGGUCAUUAUUCUUGCCGGUUAUAGUCGGGAGAUGGACGAGUUUAUAAACUCGAAUCCGGGCUUGCGGAGCCGAUUCAACCGCACGAUGACCUUUACAAGCCUCAACCCAACACAGUGCAUCCAGCUUCUGGUGCGGGUAAUGCAGAAGCAAGAAUUGGAUGUUUCGGCACUGGGAAUCAUCAAAGAAGGAAGUCACGAGGGAUUGUUCGAACAUUUUGCUAUUUUAUCUAGUUUGAAAGGAUGGGGAAAUGCACGCGAUAUUCAUACGCUGGGUACGCGCAUUUACCGCAUGGCCUUGAGCGCGGCGGAUGACAACGAUGUAUUGGCGGUUACCCCGGAUCAAAUUGGGGUGGCUUUGCAGGAAAUGAUCACUUCCAGGGGAGGACAGCUGCCCAAGGCCCCGCCCCCAGGAUGGAGUGGGCGAGAAUGGCUAGAAAGACGUGGAUAUAAGUGA